AUCCAAAAAUUAAAAACAAAAUUCCUCUUAAAAAAACCUCAGCUCUUUCUCAAUUUCUCCAUACCUAUUCGAAUCUCAUCCAUGGCCACAUCUCAAACCAAUUACACACCGCUACGUACCCACAAAAAAGGCAUCUGCGCCAUCGUCGGCGUGGGCCCGAAGCUCGGGCGGUCGAUUGCCCGUAAAUUCUCUAAAGAAGGCCACACGAUAGCCAUUCUCUCCCGAGACUUGCUUCAUGCGAGCUCCGGCCAGCUGUCGGCGUAUGCGGAGGAGCUGGCGGCCGAGGCUCGGGCCCCCGUUUACGCCAUACGGAUCGACUGCUCGUCGGCUAAGAGCAUACAUGACGCGUUUGAGGCCGUCCUCUCGUUGGGAUUCGUGGAGGUUUUAGUGUACAAUGCACACGACCCCGUGUUGUUGGACUCUACUCUGUCGGCCGAUAUAAGCUUCCAACGAUUCGAAAAGACUUUGUCCGUCUCUGUCUCUGGCGCCUUCCUCUGCGCCCAAAAGGUCCUCCAUUUAAUGGUGUUGCCGAAGAUGGUGCAGAAGGGACGGGGAACGAUAUUGUUCUCCGGGUGCACGGCCUCAGUGGAAGGCAUUGCCGGCUUUGCCGAUCUCUGUGCGGCGAAAUUUGGGAUGAGGGGUUUAGCCCACUCGCUGGCACGAGAUCGACUUAGUGAUCCCGGAGAGUCGACCCGUAGCGUACGACAAAGGACAAUUUCUCCACCUCCAUCGACCUCAAAGCAACCAUCGGCGGAGCCUCCACCCACGCCACAUCAGCAACAACAGGCAGACGAGUCGUCCUCGUCAUCAUGUUCUUCCGUGGGUGACAAUCAAGUCAGGCACGAAGGAAUUGGGCCAGGGUUGAUGGACCCAGAUAUUUUGGCCCAAGCUUAUUGGUAUUUGCACAGUCAAGAAAAGUCCAUAUGGAGCUAUGAACUUAACCUUGGUCAAGGUGGACCUGAGUUCUUUUGAAGUCGGUUUUCUUU